UGGAGACGAAAGACGCCGGAAGAGUCUGAGACACAACAAAGGAGGUCCAGCCCGAAGCCAACAUGAAUGUCCCUAGCAGGGAGAAUGAAACGCCGACAUCUCGGCCCAUAACACCCACUGACUUGAAACCAACACCCAAGGUGAAAGAUAGAGUUCGGUCUAAAACACGCUUAAGGUCAGCUAAAAGAGUCAAAUCUGGAGUGUUCAACGAGGAAGUUAUUCCUCUCGUUCUCACCUCGAAGACUCAAGAAAUUUUCCAGUGCGUGAUUGACCAGGAUGUGACGGAGGAGCGUCCCUACAAGCUUAUUAAAAAGGAAGAUAUUAUUAAUGACAUAAAAUCCAGGGGAGGUGUCUCCGAUUUCUAUCCGUUCAAACAGCUGAUCCUGGAUUAUUCAACAGAAGAGUUCUUAAUUGCUUUGGACAAAGAAUUCAAGUAUGGCCAAAAUUUCUACAUUGUUGUGAAUGAAAUAAUGAAAGAGUCAAUUUUGCAGUCAUUAGAACAGAAAGUGGAGAUAAAGCCAAAGGAAGAGGAAGAGGAAGAGGAACUAUUUAUCAAAGAAUUGCAAUUUAAAGCCUGGAUCGAUUUGGGCAGCAGUGUUGAAAUUGAGCAAGAAAAGGUUGAAGAAUCAUCAACUAAGGUGAAAUUUAUGAUUUCACGUGUCCGAAGAGAAUUUGGGGCUCCUGUUUCCUUUGAUGAUCGCAAUGAUGCUGAAAUAAAGGAUAGCUAUGUGGAGUGCACAUCCUACCAAGACAAGAAUUUCAGCAUCAAGAAGCUGGAGAGGGAUAUCGGGAUACAGGCUGUAAGCAUUUUAGAGGAAAACAGCACACAAACAGAAUGGACAUAUCCACAAAACGCUUGCACCCAGUAUAUGCCCAGUGAGUUCACACAGGAGGAAAAAGAUGAGAUGUUAAAAUCUGAAGCUCUUACCACAUUUAUCAACUCUGUUGCUUUGAGGUUUGAGUCAGCCUUACAGCAAAAUGAGAUCAUGGAUGUCUUUUACGAUGAUUGGAGAGGGCUUUCGGAUGAAGAUAGCACAUUUGGAGGGAAAUCAGACUGCCAUCUAAAGGAGUACCAGUCCUUCACAGACCUCCAGAGGAGCCAGGGGAGGAGGAUAAGCCACAUUGAAUGGCACCCAGCUAUUCUGGGGCUAGUGGCUGUGUCAGUCGUUGACCGCAUUACUAUGGAGGACAGGAUUAACUUAACCAACAGAUUAGUUCGCAGUCACUCAUAUAUCCUGUUCUGGAAUUUCACCGAUCCUAUCCACCCACAGAUCAUGUUAGAGUCACCAGAUGAUAUUUACAGCUUUCAGUUUUGUCCAACGGACCCAAAUAUUUUGGCAGGAGGCUGUAAGAAUGGCCAGGUGGUGCUGUGGGACAUCACCAAAUUUGCGAGCAUAUUGCAGGGCAACAUUCCAGCAACAAAGCCUGAAGCUGUGAAGUCCAAUCUCUUGCCUGAGUUAGACCCUGCACCGCACUACGAGGUUCCCAUUGCUCACCACUGCGCAGUGUCAUCAAUCGAAAAUGGACACAAAUCCUUUAUUACCGAUUUAUGUUGGGUGCCUGACCACUUUGAGAUAUCAAGAAUGGGAGUCCCGUGUACAAGUGCAGAAGGGAUGUGUGUCCAACUGAUCACAUGCUCUCCUGAUUGUUCAAUACUGUUCUGGGAUAUUCGAAAACCCAAACCCACGGUCCUGACCAGGAAGGAGAAACAGAAAAUGGAGAAGGAACUCCAAAACCCUGAAAGAGUGCCUAACACCUUCAAACAUAUCGAUCUCUACUGGAAACCGAUGCACAAGGUGUUAUUACCUAGGAUUUCAGCUGCUGGAGAGUACAGCCCUAUGAAAAUUAGCAUGAAGGAGAAAUGCACCGACAGAAUCAAUGACAAGGCCCAAUUCAAUCUGACAAAGACCAAAGGAGAGACUUCAGAAUAUGCCGCCAUGGAUGUUCCUUCAAGCAGGGAUCUGACGUUUGUGGAUAACAUCAACACUUUCUUGUGGAUUGGUACUGAGGAUGGCGAGGUUACUUUUGUCGACUGGCAAGUGGAACGAGACUAUGAUACUGGGAAAGUGACCACUCCAAGACCAACGCAUUGCUAUGCAGUGCAUGAUGGCCCUGUAAACACAGUGCAAAGGUCACCAUUCUUCCGAGAUAUUAUUUUGACUGUAGGAGGUUGGACAUUUGCGCUUUGGAGAGAAAAUGUCACACUGGGACCCCUCCUCCAUUCAGCCUGUGCGAAUAAACGCUGCACAAUUGGUCACUGGUCACUCACCAGACCAGGGGUCUUCAUCAUUGGAAAGGAAGAUGGCAACAUUGACAUUUGGGAUUUAGUUGAAAAAACUCACGAGCCCUCACAGACGCAGAAUAUUUCUUCCAUUGCAAUAAGUUGCAUCAAGCCCUGGAUUGUCUCAAUUAGACAACACUUACUGGCCGUAUCUGAUGACUUUGGUACGCUGCAUAUUCUGGAGGUGCCCUGGGCUUUACGACAUCCACUAAAUCAAGAGAAAUCUAACAUUGAAGCUUACUUUGAAAGAGAAGUUAAACGGCUGGAGUAUUUUGAAGCAAGGAAGUUACUAAGAAGUGAAACGAAGGAGAAACCAGAUGAAGAGAAACCUCCACCCAGCGCUGAGGUAAAGACAGCGCAACAAGCAGAGGACGAGUUAAAAAAGGAAUAUGGAGUCUACCUACAAGAAGAAAAGAAAAUCAUCUUUGCGCAGCUUGGGAAAGUGUGAAGGAGACUGAAAAAUCUUUCAUAUAUAUUUUUAUAUUAAAAAGUAAUCUGAUUAGCAACAGCAAGAGCACGACAGUGUCAUCAUCACAAAAUAAUCUUGUGUUUCCGCAUGUUUGAUUUCUCUACAUAAUCACUGACAUGAAGGGUGGAAAAUUGUGUGAGAAAAGUCACAUGGGCCAGGGGAUAA